AUGUUUUUAACAUUAUGCCUUGCUUGUACACUUAAUAUAUACAUGAUUAUUCCAAUUUGUUUAUUAACAAUUAUCUAUUUAUAUAUACAGAAUUUAUAUGUGACUACAUCUAGACAAUUGAAACGUUUAGAAUCGAUUAGUUUAUCACCGAUAUUUUCACAUUUCUCAGAAACUUUAUCUGGUGUUGAUAGUAUUCGAGCAUAUAAAUUAAUUGAAAUCUAUAAAACGAUUAGUUCAACUAGACAAGAUUUAAAUAAUUCAGCUAUUUAUGCUUCAAUUAUAUCACAAAGAUGGCUUGCAGUUUUAUUAGAACUUGUUGGUAAUUCAGUUAUAUUAGCUGUUGCUAUUCUAUCAGUUGUUGCUCAAGGUUAUUUAUCCGCUGGUUUCUCUGGUCUUGUUAUUACUUAUGCAUUAAAUUUAAAUCAAACAUUAAAUUGGCUUGUACGUAUGUUCUCAGAAUUAGAAACAAAUAUUGUAUGUAUAGAACGAAUACAUGAAUAUUCUUCCAUUGAACAAGAGGCACCAUGGGAAUUAGAUUGUAGUUAUUUACCAAGUAAUUGGCCUGAAGGUAUCAUUGAAUUUAUUAAUUAUGGUACAAAAUAUCGAUCUGAAUUAAAUUUAGCUUUAAAAUCAAUUAAUUUUAAAGUAGAUAAAGGAGAAAAAUUGGGUAUUGUUGGUCGUACUGGUUCAGGUAAAUCUUCUCUAGUACUUGGAUUAUUCCGUAUGCUUGAAGCAGCUGAAGGUAAAAUACUCAUUGAUGGUUAUGAUAUAUCAAAAAUUGGCUUACAUGAUUUGAGAAAUCGUUUAACAUUAAUACCUCAAGAUCCUAUCCUUUUCUCUGGUACAUUACGUUUUAAUUUGGAUCCAUUCAAUCAUUAUACAGAUGAAGCUAUUUGGCAUGCACUUGAAUUAGCUAAUUUAAAAUCAUUUAUAAAAGAUGCUAAUAAUAAUAAUGAUGCUAAUUAUGGUUUGGAUAUGAACAUCUCAGAAGGUGGUUCCAAUAUAAGUCUUGGUCAACGACAAUUAGUAUGUCUUGCAAGAGCUUUACUUCGGCAUACUUCAAUUCUUGUAUUAGAUGAAGCUACAGCUGCUAUAGAUAUGCAAACGGAUAAUUUAAUUCAAGAAACUAUUCGUCGAGAAUUUUCUUCUUGUACUGUAAUUACUAUUGCUCAUCGAUUAAAUACAGUUCUAGAUUAUGAUCGCUGUCCAAAAAAUAAACAAUCAGUCAACACAAAUCGAUCAUUGUGUAUUAUUCAUCAUUAUCAUUUUUGUAUUAUUCCGUCAUUAACGUUGAUCGAAUUCUACCGUUAG